AUGCUGUCGUUGUUACCUUUUUGUUUUGCCCUCUUGCUAUGCGCCUCGUCAGAUGUUUUCGCUGCUCCUCAACCAAAGCCUGCAGGUAACGGGCUUUCGAUGAAUCUACAUAGACGGCGUCCCGCGUACAAGUCGAGGGAAGAGUGGGGUCAGUGGGCGAGGAGCCACAGGGAGAUGUUGAUGACGAAGUAUGGUGCUUCAAUACCCCAAAAGCGCAGUUCGGGUGCCAAUUUGUUGGUCAACCAAAACACCGACUCGAGUUUCUACGGAUCGUUGGCCAUUGGUACUCCUGCUGUUUCUUACAACGUGAUAUUGGACACAGGUUCUGCUGACCUGUGGGUAGCCGACAGCGACUGUGUCACAGGAUGCAGUAGCAUACCCACGUUCAACACCGCCGGCUCCAGUACCUUCGUCAAUAAGAGCACCGAUUUCUCUAUAUCGUAUGGUAGCGGUGGCGCUGCUGGCUUCUUAGGCUCUGAUACUGUCCAAAUGGCCGGUUUCUCCGUAUCAGAUCAGAUCUUCGCUGUGUGCGACACAAUAACAUCGGGACUGCUGUCAGACCCUGUUUCUGGACUUUUGGGCCUGGCUUGGGAGUCAAUAUCAACAGCCCAAACCACUCCCUUCUGGCAAGCGUUGGCUUCGGGAGGCGCUUGGGAUGAGCCUUUGAUGUCAUUCCAGCUGACACGUUACCUUGGAGUCAGUAGAGCUAGUAGCCUCGAACCUGGAGGAACCUUCACCAUGGGCUUCGUCAACUCCUCGCUGUAUACUGGGGAAAUCGAAUACAUGGAUCUAGUAGACUCCGGAAGUUACUGGUUGUUGUCCCUGAGCUCUCUGACCGCUCAGGGAAGUUCCGUGACCAUAGGCGCCGGUUCAGAUGCCUAUGCUGCGAUUGAUACCGGUACCACCUUAGUUGGAGGUCCUUCCGCUUACAUCGCUAAUCUCUAUUCGAAAAUACCUGAUGCGACUGCGGGUACAGGCGACUACGACGGAUACUAUAUAUAUCCUUGUGAUACCACUGUCAACGUUACAAUGUCUUUUGGCGGACAAAGCUGGUCCAUCAGCAACGAGGAUUUCCAGCUUACCCAAAUAUCACAAUCGGAGUGUAUAGGCGCCUUCUUUGAGUUAACGACGGGAAGUAGCGCACCCGCGUGGAUUGUUGGUGAUACUUUCUUGAAAAAUGUCUACUCUGUCUUCCGAUACAAUCCCGCAGCAGUAGGGUUUGCUGCGCUGAGCGAAUACGCCUUGUCUAUGAAUGGUGACACUAGUGCCGGAGUACCAACCGCGACCAUCGGCUCUAUUGCAGCGGCUGUGUCAGCAACGGGCAGUUCCACGGGAGGACGAAGUAAUUAUGCAAGCCGGACGUCGCUGGGUGCCGGAACAUGGCUAACAACAUUAGUCUUGAUCGCUGCGGUUUACCUAUCAUGA